AUAUAAACUGUGCCUUAAGAAUAAUGUCGCAAAUAACGAUGGCCGAGGACAGGCAGAUCAAAAGAGCUGUAGACAGGAUCAGCAAUUUACCAGAUGUGAUCCUCCACCACAUACUCUGCUUUGCUUCGACCAAAUUAGCCAUCAGUACUUCCCUCUUGUCUAGACGAUGGAGACAUGUGUGGUGCGAUAUACCUUCCAUCUCCUUAGAUGUCUAUUAUCUGAAGACUGCCGCUUCUGUUAACCAAACCCUAACUCGAUAUACAGCUCCCAAGACCACAAAAUUUCACCUCAAAAGCACCAGGAGGGAGAACAUUCCCCAUAUCGACCGGUGGAUCAAGUGCGCUAUGUCACACAACGUUGAGAAUCUUACCCUGGAUUUCUGGAGUCCUUGUAGUAAUAGGCGUACACGGCUUCCUGAUUUCUUCUACAACAGUUCCUCUGUCAAGAAACUCAGCCUUUCGUUAAGCUACUCUCAUACGAUUGUUCCCGAGUGCACUGUGUCUUGGACAUCCUUACAGAAGUUAUCUUUGAGUUCUUGUACUCUCUUUGAUGAAUCCAUGGCUAAUAUUCUAUCCGGUUGUCCGUUUCUUGAAAACUUAACGUUGUAUCACUGCGAUGAACUAAAGAUUCUUGAUCUCCGCAAAUCAAAACGUCUGAGAACAUUACAAAUAGAACGUAACGUGUGGGUGCCGGGGCCAACGCAGAUUAUGGCACCACACAUCCAUUGUCUCAGAUUGUUAAACUCGCAAUUAUCAUGCAAUUUUGUUGAUGUCGCUUCUUUAACCGAAGCUGAACUGGACAUUUGUUAUAUCCCAAUGUUCCCUAACUUAAAGGCUGAUUUUCUCCAAGCCAUGGUGCUAAAGAUGCUAGAAAAGUUGCAGAACGCAGAGAAGCUUACGUUUGGGGGAAACGUUAUUCAGAUUUUAUCUCUUGCUGAGAUUCGUGGUGUUUCUUUCCCCAUGCUCAAGGUCAAAGCAUUGACUCUUCAUACAGAAAUCUCUCAGUAUGUCAUUCCUGGUAUGGAAAGGUUGUUACAAAACUCACCUGAUUUAGAGAAGCUAAUAGUACGUGGAAGGGUUGAAAACUCUAUGCCGGGAGAGCAUCUUGACCAAUACCUGAAACUACUGUCCUUGAGUCCGGAUCAGUGCUGGAGAUCAAAAGAUGGUGCCUCUUGGAACAAGCACCUUGGGGAUUUAACAUCUGCGCAUAUGGCUUCAUUAGUGAAACUUAUGCUUAAAAAUACAAAGAAACUAGACAAAAUUGUCGUACUCUUGGACGAACAUUUCCUUGAGUUUGAAAUUGAAGACGUGGUGGUUCCAAAACUUUCUCACGACAACAAUGUCACCAUUGUGCUCUCAUCCAACAAGCUGAUGACAUCAGAUGAGUUGUUUGAUGAAUCAUAGGCUUUGAAGUUUUGAGUUUUAUUGAACGUUUGCUUUUACUUUCUCUGUUUCUAAUAACUGGAGUACUUUAUUUAAUAUUGUAGAAAAAGAUUUUGGUUUGAUCACAAAAAAAAA